CUAUCCAGCUUAAUGGGUUGGGCCCUUAGUUGGAGCCCAAUUUUCCUGCUGCACUGUGAAGCCCAGAUGAUAAUCGACCUUCUGGGCCUGCUCCCCUCGAUACGACGUCGUAAUAAUGUUCACCUCCACAAAUAUCCACAAAAAUCGGCCUUGAUUUUCGACUGUUCACUUGUGACGGUUGAUUUUGUACAUGUCAAAUCAGUCAGCCUGAUUUGGAGUAGGAACUUCAAUGGCGGCAGGAUUAGAGCUCAUAUGGCUCACAUUAGAUUGGGACCAUGUUGGAAGCUAGGUUAUCCGUGUGAGGGAAUUGGGCCGGCUAAGCCAUUAAAGGACAACAUUUUCGUUAGCAUCGAAAAAUUUGAUCUUGUGCCUUUUUAUCCCUUCAAUUCAUAUUCGAGCAUGGAGGUGAAAUGCCCACCUGUCAAGUUGAGGCUCGUGAACUUUCCGAGUGGCAUUCAAGUUUCAGGGGACCAUUGGGGAAGGUGGGUUUUAUUUACUACCUUUUUGUUUGGAUCGAAACUUUGGAUUCCUGAUUUUUUCAAGGCUGCAUAAAAUUAUUCGUGUAAAAUGCUUGCUGUGUGUUGUUAAGUGAUGAAAGUGUACUAUCAGGUUAGAGUUAAAAAGUUAAAAAGGAUAUCUGGGCUUGGCUAUGGAAAAAGUCUGCAUGGUUUUGUAGUCUUGUGUUUGUGAAAAUCAAGAAAAUGGCUUAAGAAAAAUGAAGAAAAGAGAAGCAAAAUAAAAGUAAGGCACGUAAUAGUUACAUUACGAAAUUGUCCUGUAAAAUAUUCACGGUUAACAGCAAACCCUCUAAUGUAAUGACUUUGACUUUUAUAUAGCGGUAUUUCAAAUAUACAAGCAUUCAACGAACAAUACUAUUGUUUGGA